GAAAUGAAAUCAGCUAUCGCUUGUCUUAUCAGUUGUGAAUGAAAAACUGUUUCAUGGAUAACGUUGAGUUUAAGUGCGCUCCGCAAGCAAAGAAAAAAUAAUAUAUUAUGAAGUGUUCUUACUGUAGCAAAAGUUAAAAUAUAAAAUAACAAUGUUCCACAAAUCAUCUCUGACCAAAGUCAAAUUUCAAGAUCAACAAUUAGACGAUUAUGUUCUUGAGAAUUCAGUUUUAAAAAGUAAGUUACAAAGUAAGAUAGAUGCUUUAUCAAUAAUGAGCAGAGAAUUGGACAAAUGCAGCAUGGAGAGGGAUAGAUUCAAGGUGUUAGUAGAACAGUUGAUGUGCAAGAAAACAGUGCCUAUGAAAUCUAGUCCAGGUGCUAACAAUGUAUCUUAUAGACUAACUCCUACUAAUACUAUUACUGGUGGAGAGAUGCUUGCUAAAACACAAGACCAUAACAAUAUGCUGAAGUUAGAGGUUGAAUCUCUUAAAAGCAAAUUAGAGGAAGCUAAAGAGGAUAUAGUAGCUCUAAAGAAACAGCUGCAAAAACGAGACAGUAUUACUGACGAAAUGAAUGGACACAAAAAGUCUUCAACUAUAUUUAGCUACUCUCACAAAGACUAUGAACAGCUGGUCAAUGAACUUGAAAAGAAUCAAAAGAAGUACCAACAAAUGCAGUUGGACUACAGGGCAACAUUGGACGAAAAAGAAGAACUGGUUUCUGAUAGAGAUUACUAUAAAAACAAAGUACAAAGGUUGAGCCAUCAGAUCAGUUAUAUCUUGUCCAACAGAACAAAACUACAAGACAGUAAUGAUGUAGAUCCCCCAAAGCCUAUAGUUGACAUUGAUGCUUUAGUCACUGAAAAUAAAUACCUUCAUGAAAGAAUAACACAGCUUCAAGUAGAAAAGGAAAUAAUAAAGAGAACGCUAACAAAAUAUAAGACAUUGCUUGACAAUAGGAGUAAAAAUUACUCUUUGCAGAUGAAAAAAGGUUUUGCAGAUGUUAUGACACAAAAACAAGUGAGAGAAUUUCUAGACAACAUUUAUUCUAAAGCAGGAUUGAAGCAGGGAUCAGCAGCAGAAUUGAAGUCUCUCUGUCUUGGCUUGUUUGAGGCACUCAAUGAUAAGUCAAUUGCCUUGCAACAUCAAAGGAAGACUAAUCAAAUUCUGGCUAAUAGAAUAACUGAAUUAGAAAAAACUUUAGAGAGUUGGUGCAAUGGUCAGAAAUAUAUCCCCAUAUUUCCAUCACAAAUGUUGAUGGAUGAGUUCCUGACAGACUCUGGGUCUGUCAAGUCUAAUGAUUCAAAGGAACAACUAAAGUCCCAUGACAGUUCAGAGAAUAAUAGAAAUAAGUUUUCUGAUAGUGAUGAUGAGAUGAAUAAAGACACCAGUGAUGGGUCAUCAGGAGACCUAAGGAAGACAUAUGAUGAUGAUGAAGAUGAGGAUGACGUCGAAGAGUGCCAAGAGCUGAGAAGGAACAUGUCCAAGACAGUUCUGCCGCAAGACUUACAAGACUUAGUGAAGGAAGCUCUUGCUGAACUAAAACCGGCAAAUUAAUACAACAAGUUAUUUGGUAUCUGACAAUGGCUGUAACAUAAGAGUACAAUUUGCAGAGAAAUAUUAUUAAAACAGGGUGGCGAGGCACAACGUUGAAUGGGACUUCAACAUUCAUUAAUUUUAUUAUCAGAUUUGAGCACUAAACAAAAAUGCAUCACCUGGUGGAAACUGGAAACUAGUUUUUUUUAUUACAUCUUUAUUAUGUAGUAGGGGACUAUAAUUACUUUUUAAAAAUAUAUUAAUAUAUAAUUUUGUCUCUAUUCGCCAGCAAGUUCCUAUCGACCCAUUACUUAUUACUUUAGAAUAAAAUUCUUCAUUCAAAAGCUGUGAAGGAAUUCUAGUCUUACCAAAGCAAUUAUCUAGUCUAUGUUAGUAUUGAUGUAUGUUUAAUUAAUUGUUAUUGCGUUUAUGUCGAAUUAUAUUAUUAUUGUCUUGAAC